AAGAGUAUACCUUCCGCCUAUUAUGCUAUUAUGCCAAAAUGGGAGUUUAUGCCAAACCCACCACCAGUCCAACUUCUCAGCCCACAGUUUUAACAGCUGAGAGUAGCGUAGUGGGUAGCUGGGAACCAGAUCCCUUACUCCAACAGUCCAACUACUCCACCAACCCUCCCUCUAUCUCUCCGUCCAUCUUCUCUGUGACGUGAGAUACAAACCCGUACCCAGAUUCUCCUUAUCCUUUUCGGUCGUGUAUUCCUGUCCCAAGAUUCAAAACAAAUUUCCACCCAAAUAAUCAGUCCUUUUAAUUAUUUUACAACGGUUUCAUUUUUUCUUGAUUGAUUACGUUUCCACUUUUGCGGGGGGAUCUAGGCGUUUUUCCAUUACCUAUCCCGAUGGAUUUCUUAGAACCAUUUCAUAUGCAGAUCGUGGGUGUAGCUGUUGCCCUUGUUGCCAUUGUCGCUGCCGCUGCCUACUUUUCGUCCAAGAAAUCCAAGAACGGGUGCUUAGAUCCUGACAACUUCAAGCAAUUCAAGCUCGUGAAGAAAACGCCGAUCAGUCAUAAUGUGGCUAAGUUCAGAUUUGAACUCCCCACACCCACUUCAGUCUUGGGCCUGCCUAUUGGACAACACAUAAGCUGCAGGGGUAAGGAUAGCCAAGGUGAAGAUGUUAUCAAACCUUACACCCCAACUACUCUAGACUCUGAUCUUGGACAUUUUGAAUUAGUCAUAAAGAUGUAUCCACAAGGAAGGAUGUCACAUCAUUUCCGGGAAAUGUGUGUUGGUGAUUAUCUAGCUGUUAAGGGACCAAAGGGGCGUUUUAAGUAUCAACCUGGCCAAGUGAGAGCAUUCGGAAUGCUUGCUGGGGGUUCUGGCAUUACUCCAAUGUUCCAGGUUGCAAGGGCUAUUUUAGAAAACCCGAAGGACAAGACAAAGGUGCAUCUCAUUUAUGCUAAUGUUACACAUGAGGACAUUCUUGUCAAGGAAGAAUUGGAUGGCCUUGCUGCCAACUAUCCUGAUCGCUUCAAGAUAUAUUAUGUGCUGAAUCAGCCUCCAGAAGUGUGGAAUGGUGGUGUUGGUUUUGUAUCCAAGGAAAUGAUUCAAGCCCACUGCCCUGCGCCGGCUGCUGAUAUUCAGGUCUUGAGGUGUGGUCCUCCACCCAUGAACAAGGCAAUGGCUGCUCAUCUUGACGCUCUUGAAUAUUCUCCCGAAAUGCAGUUUCAGUUCUGAUCCUCUUCAUGUGGGGUGUGGUCCUUUGCCAAAUUCAGGCAUAUUUAGCCCUUUUCAUUGGCUGAGCAAAACACUGCUUCGUUUAUUUAGUGUUGUAUUUCUCGGUGUUUUUAUUGGAACCUGUCCUGUAUCGGAGCCACUGUAAACUUUCUUGCCGACCACUUUUUUUUUUUGACAAACAAGAUCAUCCCAGCGUGAAAGGUGUUUUUUUUUUAGCCAACCACUUCAAUAAAGAAAUUUCCAGGUGAAUUUUCAAA